AUGGAUAAGAUAGCUGAAUUACGGCGUCAGCUUGAGGAGGAAAAGCGAGGGCGAGAAGACGCAGAGCGCCGUGAGAAGGAGGAGAGACAAGCACGGGAAGAGGCAGAACGGCAAGUGCAACCCAACACUCUGUUUGGCCUCCUUGAUCGAUGCCACAAUUCUCUGUCCCAAGCAAUCCAAGUUGAGAUGAAUGCGACCCUCACGACCCAGGGCGAAGCGGCCAACCCAGUAAACCGACUUUACCCCAAGCACAUCAUCCCAUGGCUUGACUUUCCCCAACUACAGGAACAAAUCUGGGAGAAAUUCGAUCGCACCGCUGCCUUUACCUCGCGCGCUCUGUUUCCUUCUGAUACCCAAAUCGAUUAUGUUGCUACGAAUAUCCUGAACACACCGAUCUAUUCGGAGGCUUCUCUUCGAAAUUUCGAGCGAGACACAGUGGAUAACUUUGUCGAAAAGGUCGUUAACGCUUUGCGAGACGAUGAAACCCUUCGCCGUGAGUUUGGAAUCCAGGGCCGAGUCACCUUCUAUGAUCGUGCCAACCCAUCGGAGACCUCGCUGGAGAACAGCCUGGAGCAGAUGAAUUUUCAGGAUACGCGCACACCCCAACGACCGGCGAUCACUAAGCACGGAAGACGCAGAGGAAGGGGAGUGGAGCGACGCAGAGACAGAGGAGGGAUGGCACCGUGCGAAGACGCAAUCGGCGCGCUGACCAGUUCUGCGUGCGCCUUGUGGCUGAUGAACGACAAAUACCAGUGUCUACACCGGAUGGAUCUGGCUCGCGAUGUCAUUGAGCAAGAAGGUGAUACAUUCGAUUUUUAUGCCACCCGCCUUGUCGCUGCCGUGGUCACUCAAAUAUUCUCAUACAUGAUAGACAGUGGAGUUCGAUACGGCUACAUCUGCACAGGAGAGGGCUUUGUUUUCCUACAUAUCCCGGAAGAUGACCCCACGAUUGUCCAAUAUUUCUUGUGUAUUCCAAACCAAGACGUGCAGCCGGGCGAUGAAUUGCGCCUCCAUCGGACCGCCAUCGGCCAGGUGCUUGCGUUCACCCUUCAAGCUCUGGCCGCAGGUGUCCCCCCUCAAGAGUGGCACGACGUGGCGCACGACACUCUGAGGACCUGGGAGGUCGAAUAUCUCGACGUGUUGAAGGAAAUUCCCGAAACUCUCCGUAAAGAUCCGAGGUCCUCUAACUAUCGGCCCUCGCAUUGGAAACGAGAUCGGAAAGUCCACAACACGCGCUCUCGCGCUCGCUGUGAGCCAGACGCAUCUACACCACGGCACUCGUCGCCUGAAGGCAGCGGCAGCGAUCAAGAAUCGCAAUCGCCAUCCGCUGCAGCAGCGUCACGUAGCCGAUCGAGCCGCAGCCGAGGGAAUCGCAGCCGAGGGAGCCGCAGCCGGGCUAACAACCAUCAAUCAAGUAAGAGAAGUGAAAGGUCACAAGCCGGCCGGGAUAAAAAACAGACUUUUCGAAAAGACGGGUAUUCUACACGACCAUACUGCACCAUUGCCUGCGUCCGUGGCAUGGCCAACCGUGAACCUCUGGACAAAAAGUGCCCCAAUUGGGAACUCCACGGUGGCCAGAGACACUCUAUAGGGCCGCAAGAGUUUACACACCAGCUUCACCGUCAACUUAUCCGAAAUCGAGACCUGGGCUUCGAACAAUUGCACAUCUGUGGUCGAACAGGCUAUCUCAUAAAAGCCACACUCCUUUCAAGCGGGUAUACUGUGAUCAUUAAAGCCACUACUGUGGAGAAGCAGCGCCGCCUCCAAGCGGAAGUGGAUAAUUAUCGUCACCUUAAGAGCUUGCAGGGACAGCACAUCCCUGUCUGUCUUGGGGCCUUCAAGCCUCGCGUCGCAUAUUGGUACCAUGGGGAGCCAAUGGCCCAGAUGAUGGUGUUGAGCUGGUCCGGAACUCGGCUUCAGCAUGUCAUUAAUGAUGGGAAUUCUAGCUUCUUCCACGAAGAGCGCGAGAAAGCACUGGCCGUGCUCCGGUCGCACGGAGUCAUCCACGGCGACAGUGAGUGGCGUAAUAUGCUAUGGGAUGAAGCGAGUGGCAGACUGGUCGUCAUUGACUUGGAGGAUGUGAAGCGGCUGAAGCGCCCUUGGGCCCUUGAACCAACGUCUGGAAAUGUGCAGCGUAGUCAUCUCGCAAAAGCGGUAAAAUCCGGGCAUAGAGUGCCGUCCAGAUCCACCGCUGUCUGCACAUAA